CUGUGCGCAUAUGGGCCACCCCCCCUUAAAGAGGUGCGCCGACCACACGGCAGAGACUUUCUCCGUUGAAGAAUCAGCGAAAUGAAGAGCAGCGCCAACCCGGCACCAUGCGCUCCAGGCUCCCACGGACCGCCUGCCUAUUACGACUCAUUGCACUCUGCAUCAUUCUCUCGCACUCUGCAGCUUAUUUUGGGCUGACAGGUCGCGAACCCCUGGUGUUUUUGCCGGGUCCGUUUUCCAAUGAACCUCCGACAGGCAAGGCCCACCUGAAGCAGUGCGAGCAGAUGACUCUGACCCGGCGGCAGAAGAGACUGUGUCGCAGGGAACCUGGUUUGGCCGAGACGCUGCGGGAGUCGGUGCGCCUCAGCCUCCUGGAGUGUCGGUAUCAGUUCAGGAAUGAGCGCUGGAACUGCAGUCUGGACGGCCGAGGAAGCCUUCUGAAAAGAGCACUCAAGGAGACUGCCUUCCUACUGGCAGUGUCCUCUGCGGCGCUGACCCACGCGCUCGCCAAAGCGUGCAGCUCAGGCCGAAUGGAGAGGUGCACAUGUGACGACUCCCCCGGCAUCCAGCAUAGAGAAGCCUGGCAGUGGGGGGUCUGCGGAGACAACCUGAAAUACAGCACCAAGUUUCUCAAGAAGUUCCUCGGCCAAAAGAGGGUCAGCAAGGACCUGAGGGCUCAGGUCGACGCCCACAACAUCAACGUCGGAAUUCGAGCAGUGAAGAGUGGACUGAAAACCACCUGCAAGUGUCACGGUGUCUCUGGCUCUUGUGCCGUACGGACUUGCUGGAAGCAGCUGUCUCCUUUCCACGACACUGGACGGCUGCUGAAGUAUCGAUACGACACCGCGGUACGAGUACUGAGUGUCACCAACGCGGCCACCGGGGAGACGGAGCUUGCGGGCCCACGUCGCCACAGCCAAAGCCUCCGCACUACUGACUUGGUCUACCUGGAAGAGUCCCCCAGCUUCUGCAGACCGUCCCGCUACUCGCCGGGUACAGGUGGCCGAUCAUGUGCCAAAGACACCAGUUGUCAGAGUCUGUGCUGCGGACGAGGUUACAACACCGCCAUGCGCCUCACCAGCCUGUCCUGCCACUGUCAGGUGCGCUGGUGCUGCCAUGUGGAGUGUCAGACGUGCGUGAGAGAGGAGGAGGUGUAUACCUGCAAGAACGCAUAGCAAAUCACCAGAUAGGAGAAAUGCAGACAGUAUGCAAAGACUUGUAUAAAACAAAAGAAUGACGUGGGCGAACUCCCUCAAUUCACUAAGGGAUCACACAUCAGAGCGUAUCUUUGCAGAGCUCCACUCUGCCCUGCAUGUUAUUUGGGGAGGAAUAUACACUUGUAAUGUUCUUAUAUUGCUGUUUAUUUGCUAAUCAUCAACGAUUUGAUACGCAGCAGCUUACUGUAGGUGAGGAUGUUUUCAAACUGCUCUGCUUUUCUCUCGCUGGAUGCACUGAAAUGCCACACUUCUGGGACGGAGGGAAACAAGCUCUUAAAACAGGCACUGGACUGGACGCCACCAGCAGUACGACGUCAACCCCCCAUCUGCAGGGGAUCUCUGACAGUGACUUUGUUGUGUUGUAAUUGCAUUGGCCCCGUCCACUUGACUAUUUAUUGUAUCCGUCAUUGUGUCUGUUGUACUGCUGCUUUAUACUUAAUCCUUUGUUUUUGUAAAUGAGUGUUGCCACUGAGGCUGAAAUGGCCUUAAAAGGAAUCCACCUGUCUGUCUUCCUGUCUGCUGUGUUACAGUUCAUUUCUGAUUAAAAAGCACUUAAGCUGCUCUCGCUGCAUAUGAUACAAAGUGUAUAAUUAAUCAUAGAAGUUAGAAAAGUGUUAAGGUCUUAACAUUUGUUUAAAUAGAAUCACUGGAAGCUUUGAGGGCUCGUUGAUGCCUCUGAUGUACAUUGUAACUACAUGCAUCAGCAGGGUUAUUGUGCGAAAGACGCAAGCUGGGUUUCAGUUGCUCUUAUGGAAAUGUCUAUGGAAAUCUCUACAUGUGGCCUGAUGUGCACUCAACAGAACAAAGGGAGAUACGCGGGGCAAUAGUAAAGGAAACACCAUAGACUGUCUUGAAUGAAAAACACAAAAUUUCUGAGUACACCAAUCCUCCUCAUGUUUUCCCUCUAUUUAUAAAAGCACACACAUUAUGCUAUGCUUUCAAGUUUAAAACUAACUGAACCAUUUGGCCUUCAAAGACCAAUUUAGCCACAUCUUUGUUCUAAAUGCCUUUGAAAUGGGCUAAUCAUGCUCCGUAUUUUCCCUAAUUGCUAAUCAAAGGAAAUCACCAUGUUUACUCUCUUGUCCUCACAUCCAAGACAAGUCUUAUGUGUCCAUUUGUGCAGACCAUGCAUGCUGGACCCAAGUGGGGUUUUUUAUUGGCCAGUUUAUGGUUUGUUUGAGUGAUUCUGAGCUGUGUAAAUAAUAUGAAUAUAACUGAUGUCAGGGCUACAGGUGUAUGACAAUAUGGAAUUUUCUACCUCACUUCAUCUUUUGGCAAAUUUCAUUAAGAUUCAGAACUAUCCAUUGUUUUAAAGAUCAUGUUUUAGAUUUGUGUACAUAUAUAUAUCUCCAUAUUUCAAAAGUAAAUGUUUUUUUUAAUCUUGCUGCAUCAUAUUCUUAUUUAAAAUAAAUAAGAUUAAUAAAUCGA